AUGCGUUCUUCACUCGUUUUACUCGCCGGUCUGGCGAGCUCGACUCUCGCUUACCCAACUGACGUGUCUGUUGACCGUCGUACUUUCGGCCUCGUUUCCGAGAUUCUCGGUUCCGUCGGAUCCGAGGUCACUACAAUCAUUGAUGAUGUUCUUGGUCUCAGUGGUAGCUCCUCCACUACUCUGCUCGCUGGCUUGAGUGCUCGUGGUGCUGCAGCUCUGGAGGGUGGUGUGCUCGGAUGCGGUUACUCUGUUAUUGACUCUGCUGCCCGUGUGGAGCUGAAGAGCUGGCUGGUCAGCCAGACCAGCAUCACUGGUUCCAUCAAGACCUCUCUGGUCUCUUGGUGUGAGGGCUCGGUCACUGUCCUCGAGGAGAGUGCCAUUGCUGCUUUGGCUGUCUAUAUCCCCACCUGCGCCGAGCUUGCUGCCAAGGAGUCCAUCUACGUUACUAUUGAUGGUAUCUUCGAGGCCACCGAGCUUGAAUCCACUCUCGUCCUCAGUGCUUCUGCCCAAGCUACUCUUACUGCUUUCCUUGACGUCCACGUCGACCUUGAUGUUAACAUCCUGGCUGGUCUGAACCUUUGCGCUGGUGGUGGUAUCAUUGGAAGUUUGACUGCCGAUGUCAAGGCUUCUCUGCUUGCUUGGGUCUCUGCCUCCGACUGCUCUUUGAGUGCCUCUCUGCAAGCCGCCGUUCUUGCUUGGAUCAAGGGCGAGUCUUGCGAUGACCUUGUUGAGGUUGGUACUAUCUCUGUCGAUGCAUUGACUGCUAUCUCCGUUGGUGGCUCUAUCGAGGUUCUCGUCGAUGAGUCCGGUGUUCUCACUACCAGUGCUAUGGCCUCCAUUGCCGCUUUCCUCGAGGCUGAGGUUGACAUUGACGUCAACGUCCGUGCUGCCCUGAAGGCCUGUGGUGAGGGCACUCUUGCCUCCGCUCUGAGCCUUGAACUCCGUACCUCCUUGGCUCUGUGGCUCGUCGAGUCUAGCUGCUCUCUGGGCGUUGAGCUCAAGGCCGUCGUUCUGCUCUGGCUCUCUGUUGCUGUUACCGCUGAGGUUUCCGUUGACAUUGUUGCUGACCUGCUUGUUGACAUCACCGGUUUCUUGACCGAGGAGAUCAUCGCUCUUCUCAGCGUUAACCUGCGUGGUGCCCUUGCCCUCCUUGAGGCUGGCGAGAGCCUGACUCUGCUGUCCUGGAGCACUCGUGCUGAGCUGGCUGCUUUCCUCAGUGGCUGCACUAGCAUCGAUAUCAGCGUUUCCAUCGAGAUCAUCAUUAUCGAGUGGUUCACUGGCUGCGGUAUGGGCUCUGGCUCUGGCUCUGGAUCUUCUCCUUCCGGCACUCCUUCAGUCUCCAUCCUUCCUUCCGCCACUGGCUCCGUCUCUAUUCCUUCCGGUGCUGGUCCUACCGGUUCUGGCUCUGUUCCUUCCGGCGGUGCCCCCACUGGUUCAGUCUCCAUUCCUUCCGGUGCCGGUCCUACUGGCUCUUUCUCUAUUCCUUCCGGCGGUGCUCCCACUGGCUCCAUCUCCAUCCCCUCAGGUGCUGGCCCCACUGGCUCGGUUUCUAUUCCUUCCGUCCCUGCUCCUUCUGAGUCUGCUGGCUCUGGCCCCGCUCCCUCCGGCCCUGCUGGUGGUGUUCCCAGUGGCUCUUCCCCAUCUGGCCCUGCCCCAUCUGGCCCUGCUGGCUCAGUUUCCAUUCCCUCAGGUGCCGGCCCUACCUCCGUUUCCAUUCCUUCCGGCCCUGCUCCCUCCGAGUCAUCUGGUGCUGGACCUGCUCCUUCAGGCCCCGCCGGCGGUGUUCCUGGCUCCAGCUCUGUGCCUUCCGGCCCUGCUCCCUCUGAGUCUGCUGGCUCUGGCCCCGCUCCCUCAGGCCCUGCUGGUGGCGCCCCUAGCGGCUCUUCCCCAUCUGGACCUGCCCCCACCGGCCCCGCUGGCUCGGGCUCUAUCCCCUCUGGCUCUGCCCCUACUGGCUCCGAGGGUUCCGGUCCCGCCCCAUCUGGUCCGGCGGGCCCUGGUGCUGGCAUGAGCACUGGAUGUGCUUCCCCCUCUGAGACCGGUUACCCCGGCGGUGGUGCUGCCCCCUCCGAGACCAGCGUCUGGGUUGCCCCCACCGCAACUGGUGCCCCCGGCGGCGGCUCUCCCGGUUACACCGAGACUGCUGCUUGGACCGAGACUGUUGCUUACACUUCUGCUUGGACUGAGACUGUUGUUGCCCCCGCUCCCACCACCGCUCCUUCUGGUGUCUCUCCUGAGGGCUCAGCCAUCUGGACCAGCACUCUUAUCAUCACCAAGACUGUCUGCGGAUGCGAGGCUUAA